AUGCCCGAGACACUGAGUCUCCGCCGCCUCUCCAAGGAGGAGGGUGCGAUCGAGUCAUCACACCAAGAAAACCCCGAGGGCGUCAGGGUUGAAAUAGUCCAAGGAUCUGUGGCGCUGGACACAGCCAGACGAACCAAUCCCCCAAAGCCAUGGAGUCGUCAGAUGAGAAAGCUUUAUCUCUGUUUGACUGUGGCUUACCUUUGCUCAGCCCUGAAUGGGUACGAUGGUUCGCUCAUGGGCGCUUUACUUCCUAUCCCGCAAUUUCAGGAAACUUUCGGCGGCGGUCUAGUCGGAUCCCAAGCAUCUUUGAUACAAGGAAUGUAUACAAUUGGAGGUGUCAGUGCGCUACCAUUCGUUGGUCCUUUCUUGGACAAUUUUGGUCGCCGGUUUGGUAUGUUCAUUGGAUCUGGUGCUGUCAUUCUCGGCACUAUUCUGGGAGGAACGGCAAAUCAUAUGGACCAACUGCUCGCAAGUCGAUUUUUCCUCGGUAAGCUGCUGGGGUUACUCUUUGGCCUCUUCUGCUGCGCAGGCUACGUUGUCGAAAUAAGCCACCCCGCAUACUGUGACCUUUUGACAGGGUUGUAUAAUUGUCAGUACUUUGUGGGGGCCAUCGCUGCUGCAGGUGCCUGUCGCGGGUGUCUUCAUUUGCCUACCUCUCUCGCGUGGCGUAUUCCAAUCUGGUGUCAAUUGAUUUCAUCCAGCAUUGUCGUGUUAUUUGUAUGGUUCCUUCCUGAGUCACCUCGCUGGCUAUACAGCCACGGUCGCCAUGAGGAAGCAUGGGAUGUCAUAACCGCUUAUCAAGGCGAGGGCAACCGAGAUAAUGCAUAUGUGAUCUUACAGAUUCGAGACUAUGAAGAAGCAAUCAACCUCGAAGGAUCAGACAAGCGAGCCUGGGAUUUCCGAGAGCUCGCGAAUUCGAAACCUGCCAGAUGGCGUCUUCUUUGUGUCACAAUUGCCGCAUUCUUCAGCCAAUGGUCCCAAGCUGGAGUCACAACAUAUUAUAUCGGUGGUCCUCUUGCUACUGCCGGAGUGACUGAUACCACAAGAGUACUAGACGUUAAUCUGGGCAAUACGGUUUUGUCUGCAGCAGGUGCCUAUUUAGGGAGCUUCUUUGGCCCAAAGAUCCGGCGAAGACCUAUGAUGAUUGGUGCGUGUCUCGCAUGCAGUCUCGGCUUUGCUGGUUUCUCCGCCACGGCUGCAGUCUAUACAAGUUCAGAACAACAGGGGGCCGCCACAGCCUCAAUCGUGAUCAUCUUCCUCAUCGGAUUUUGUUUUAGUUUUGGAUGGACGCCCUUUCAAGCCAUGUACCCUGUCGAAUGCCUGUCUUACGAGACUCGCGCUAAGGGAAUGGCCACGUACUCCGUCCUCACAAAUAUUGCAUUGCUGGUGAACCAGUUCGGAAUCGGCAAUGCAAUCAACGUGAUCGGUUGGCAUACCUACAUCAUCUUGGCUGGCUGGAAUAUUAUACAGGCUUUGGUUAUCUAUUUCUUUGCUGUUGAGACGAACAAACAAACCCUCGAGCAGCUUUCAGAGAUAUUCAGUGCCACAAACCCCCGGAAAGCGAGUACGGAAGCACGGAAGAUCGUUGUCUCUGAGCGAACGAAUCAAUUCACACUGGCAAAAGAUGAAGAGAGUAUUUAA